UAGAACCAGAUACUGAAUAAAGCGUCCCUGGAAGCUCCAUCAGCGGAUUCUGUUUUGAUAUGUUGUGGUUGUUUAGGUAGCAGACCCAGUGCAACUGUUAUACUCAUUUGUAAGGGAAAAUGUCGAUUAUAAUCGCACUUGAUUGAUCUUACCCUUACUGGGACAAGAGAAGAACUUGUAGUUAGAAAGUAACCAUGACAGCAGCUGCUGCUCUACAGAUUGGAGACCAGCUGAUCCUGGAAGAGGACUACGAUGAGAACUAUAUCCCCUCCCAACAAGAGAUCCAUGAGUAUGCACGAGAGAUUGGCAUUGAUCCCAAUCAGGAGCCGGAGCUCCUAUGGCUGGCCAGGGAGGGCAUUGUUGCCCCACUGCCUCCCGAAUGGAAACCCUGUCAGGACGUGUCGGGGGACGUGUACUACUUCAACUUCUCCUCGGGCCAGUCCACCUGGGACCACCCGUGUGACGAGCAAUACCGCAGCCUGGUAAAACAGGAGCGCGAACGAGCCGGCACCCAGCCCCACGGGCCCCCCACCACCGCCGCUAAGAAGAAGGAGAAGAAGAAAAAAGACAAGAAGGAGCCAAAGAAGAAGGCAAAAGACCAAGAGCUCCUGAAGCCACCAGGACCGUUGAGUUUGGCCCUUGGACCUCUGCAGGCCCCAUUGGGUAGCCUGGGGAGCCUUGCUCCUCUACGGGGUCUUGAUGGCGCAGCCUUGAGGGGGUCCCUGGGCAGCUCUGGAGGGCUGGAGUCCCUGAAGAGUCCGCUUGGGGGUCCUCUCUCAAGCCUGGGGUCCAGCCUACUGGGAGGGCGACAGGAGGAGCGCGUGUCUUUCUCUCUGCCUGGGUUCGAGGAUGAUGAGGGUAACAUCUCAGAGGAUGAGCAGCCGAGUCCUCUUGGCUCGGCCAGACUGUUACAGAACUUGCACCUGGACUUGGAUGCGUUGGGAGGAGGGCUGCAGUAUGAGGACAGCGAGGCCAGUGGAGUGGCCCCACCAGAGGAGAGGACAGAAGCAGAGCUACGGGACCUGGCCCUGUCUGGAGAGCACAGCCCUGAGCCCCCCCCUCAACAGGACUCCCUUCGUGGACGCCACCUCCCCUCCUGUCCACCACGCGGAGGCAGCAGGGACUGCCCCCCUACCCCAGACCCCCAGCAUGCUAAAACUAGAGACAGUGGAGAGGAGGAGGAGGAAGAUUAUGAGGGGUGGGGAGAGGAUGGAGAGAGUGUGGUUGAGGAGGAAGGAGGUGAAGAGGAGAACCAGGGAGAAGAGGGACAAGCGAGUGAGAAGAAGAAAGGAGAGGAGGAGGAGGAGGGCAAGGACGUUGGAGCUGAGGUCACUGAGGAGGUAGAGUGUGUAGAAAAGUUGGAGGAGGCAGAGGAGCAAAGUGAUGAGGUCAUAAAGAGGUGUGUAAAAAGUGAUGAAGGGGAGGAAGAGGGGACUGGUGACGUAGUUGAGAAAAGUGUGGAAAAAGUCAAUACAAAGGAGGAAGAACAAGGAAGUGAUGAAAAGAUAGAGAGAUAUCUUGGAGAGCAAGAAGAGAGGGAUGAGGUAGUAGAGCAAUGUGUUAAAAAUGAAGAACUUGAUAAACAGGUAGAAAAAAGAAAUGAGCUGGUUGAGAGCGGUGUUAAAAGUGAGGGAGAACAAAAAGCAGAAGAGAGUGAUGAGGGAGUUGACAGAUGCAAUACAAGUGAGGAAGAAGGAGAGGAAAAAGAGGGGGAACAGGAGGAAGAGAGUGAUGAGGUAGUAGAGAGAUAUUUGAAAGAGAUGGAAGGAGGCGAUGAAGAAGAAAGUGAGAUAGUGGGGGAGAGAGAUUUGAAAAGCAAGCAUGUGGAAAGGAAGGAAGAGACUGUCAGAGACAGUGUAGAGGAGAAGAAAGAGGAGGACGAUGAGGCAAAGGGAGAUGAGGAUAGUGAUGAAGUGUUUGAGAGGUGGUUGAAAGAGGAGGAAGGCAAAGAGGAGGCUGAGGAGGGUGAGAGUGAGGUGGUAGAGAAAUGUGUGAAAAGUGAAGAAGAGGUGGACGAGGAGGGUGAGAGUGAGGUGGUAGAGAGAUGUGUGAAAAGUGAAGAAGAGGAGGGUGAGAGUGGGGUGGUAGAGAGAUGUGUGGAAAGUGAAGAAGAGGUGGACGAGGAGGGUGAGAGUGAGGUGGUAGAGAGGUGUGUGAAAAGUGAAGAAGAGGAGGGUGAGAGUGGGGUGGUAGAGAGAUGUGUGAAAAGUGAAGAAGAGGUGGACGAGGAGGGUGAGAGUGAGGUGGUAGAGAGGUGUGUGAAAAGUGAGGAAGAGGAGGGUGAGAGUGAGGUGGUAGAGAGGUGUGUGAAAAGUGAGGAAGAGGUGGAAGAAGAGGGUGAGAGUGAGGUGUUGGAGAGGUGUGUGAAAAGUGAAGAAGAGGGUAAAGAGGAGGGUGAGAGUGAGGUGUUGGAGAGGUGUGUGAAAAGUGAAGAAGAGGAAGAGGGUAAAGAGGAGGGUGAGAGUGAGGUGUUGGAGAGGUGUGUGAAAAGUGAAGAAGAGGUUAAAGAGGAGGGUGAGAGUGAGGUGUUGGAGAGGUGUGUGAAAAGUGAAGAGGGUAAAGAGGAGGGUGAGAGUGAGGUGUUGGAGAGGUGUGUGAAAAGUGAAGAAGAGGGUAAAGAGGAGGGUGAGAGUGAGGUGUUGGAGAGGUGUGUGAAAAGUGAGGAAGAGGUGGAAGAAGAGGGUGAGAGUGAGGUGUUGGAGAGGUGUGUGAAAAGUGAGGAAGAGGUGGAAGAAGAGGGUAAAGAAGAGCAUGAGAGUGAGGUGUUGGAGAGGUGUGUGAAAAGCGAGGAAGUGGAGGAAAGUGACAAAGUCUUGGAGAGAUGCUCGCCGAGUGAAAAACGAGCUAGUGAAGGAGUGGAGAGCAGUGAGGAGGAGGUGGAGGGGUGCAUCAAAAGCCAACAAAAAGAAAAGGAAGGAGACAAACUUGAAGAAGACAGUGAUGAGGUGGUGGAAGAAGUGCAAGCCUCACCGAAACCCAAAACAUCCACAAGCUCAGACAAAGUAAUCGAGAGAUUUGAACCACAAACGGUCCAAGUUAGGUCACUGGGGCAGAAGAAGAAGAUAGCGGACCUUAAACGAAGUGACAACAUGGAGGUGUAUGUGGGGAAGAAGAAGAAUGUACCCAAACAAAGCCCUCUACCAGCAGAGCAGUCCGAGGCCAGCGAGCACAUGGAGGUGGCCUCCUCCUCCACCAAGGACCUCAGGUCUGGUUUUGGCUCCAAGUUGUCAGAGAAAGUCCUGGACCUGAAGGAUCUCUCCCCUGCUGUUAGUCUACUCUUGCAGGAUGAAGAGGGCAAAGUGAAAGUCAGUGCGGCAGAGGAGAAGGAACGGAGGAAGAGGGCAGAAGCUGCAGAGAGGCGUCUUCAAGCUGCAGGCAGAGAGGAUCCAGAAAUGGAGGACAGGCACCCCAGCCAGUCCAGUGAAUCCCAACAGGACACAGGGUCUUCCCAUUCUGAGCCGGAGCCCCGGCCGCGGGCUGAGGGGGUUAGCACCAGCGCCAGCCUAGGGGUGCCAGGGGUCCAGGGGGUCAAGCGGCCUGACACCUCCAGAGGCCGCUUAGUUAGGAGCCCUCACAACCACUACAAGGAGGAAGCCCCCAGGCAGGGGGCGGACAGCAGAAGGGCCCAGGAGGAGGAGAGGGACAAGGAGAGGAGGGAGACUGAGAGGGAGAUAGAGGAGGAGAAGGAGCAUGCGCUGCGUGAGAGGCUGGAGAAGGUGCGCCUACUUCAGGAGGAGCUGAGGCGGGAGGAGGAAGAGGAGGAACAGAGGCUGAAGGAGGAGAGCGAAGAGAGGGUCAGGAGCCUGAGGGAGAGGCUCCAGAGUAAGGGGAGGGAAGAGGAGAACAGGCUGAGUGUGGAGUCUGAAAGCAGGCUACUGGAGCUAAGGGAGAUGGCCCGGCGGGAGAGAGAUAACCAGCAACGCAACGUUAGGGAGGAGGGCGAGGCGAUGCUGAGGCAGCUGCGUGCCACCCUGGAGGCGGAGAGAGAGGCGGAGCGAGAGAGGAUAGAGGCCCAGAGGAGGCGGGACCUACAGCAACUGAGGGAGGAGUCAGAGGAGGAGCUACAUGCGGAGAAGCGGAGACUGCUUGGGGAGCGGGAGGAGCAACUCGACUCCCUCAAACAGGAGGGGAGAAGCAGUGCCAGUGAGAGGCGGAGGGAGUUGAAGAGCCCUCGUAGCCCAGAGCAACAUCUAGCAGAGUACCAAAAAGAGUUGGGAGACGUGCUCCAGGAAGUGAGGGAGGAAGUGCAGCGUGACCACGGCAGGAAGCUGGAGCAGCUCAAAGACGACCACCGCAGAGAACUCAACUCAAUCAGAGACAAUUAUCUGGACCAGGAGGCUGUCCAAAGGGAGCAGUUGCUGUGUGCCCUGCAGGAGGAGAGAGAUCGCCUGCUGGCCACCCACAGCGCCCAGCUGGAGAGACUCCGUACACAGCUAGACUCCCAGCUCUCCAAGAGCCGCCAGACGCACACACGCAAGGAGGCAGGGAUUCAGGAGCUGGGGGACAAGCUGGAGCUGAGAGCCAGAGAACUGAAGACCCAGGAGGCAAUACUGAAGACCCAGGCAGCGAAUUUGAAGAAGAGGCGGCAGCAGCUUGGGGAUGAAGAGGAUGAGAUAGACAGAGGAAUAGAGGCUCUGCCUGGAGUCAUGCAGGAGAGAGAUGGACUGAGAGAGGAUCUGGAGCGGGUGGAAGGACAGAGGGACAGGGCGAGGCAGGAGGCGGAGAGAGCGAGGGAGGAGAGGACCAAAGUGAGAGACGAGUUGGAGACAAUUAGGGAGGAGAGGGACAAAGCGAAGGAGGAGAGCAGGAGGAUGAAGGAGGAGCGGGACCGGCUAGAGAGCAAGGUGGAGCUGCUGCAGGAGCGCUGUGAUCGGCUGUGCCGCAGAGUCAGUGAUUUGGAGCAGAGUGAGAUCAAGAGGCCUACUACUAGACUGGACAGAACAGAGGAGGAGGAGGCGAGGAAGGAGGAGAAGGAUAGCGAGGCACCGCCCUCUACUGCUGGACGGGAGAAAGUGCUGCAUGUGGAAGAUCUGAAAGAACCUCCUGUCUUGGAUGACUUGCGUCAGUAUAUCUCCUCUGAGGGGCUGUCCCUGCAGAAAGCCCGGCGCUUCCUGGAGAAGGAGAGUGGUCGUCUGAGUGAGAGACAGGCAGCACUGCAGGCAGCUCAGGCCCAGUCCAGCUCCUCUCAGUACCCCAACACCACCAGCCACGCCCAGGCCACACAGGAGAUGUACAGGAACCUGCAGCAGGUGCGUGAGGCCAGUGACGUGGAGGAGUUGAGGGUGACUGUGAAGAGGGGGAACUCGCUGCUACGCAGGAAGGAGGAGAAACUGCAACAGCUAGAGAGCUCCGUAGCUGAAGAGGUCUCCCCUCAUCACUACUAUGAUGACCAGGACAGACUGGUGACUGAUAGGAAGGUGGCCUUUGAUGUGACUGAAUCGGAUAUGAGCAGCGUCAGCAAUGGCCUUGAUGGUCCUGGUGAGGAGCCCACAGUGCCGGCUAAGGUGCAGCACUUAGCUGAGUCGCUCCAGCACAUCUCUGGCCAGCUCAGCACAGUCCUGGGGGCCCUGGGCUCCCUGACCCAACGCCAGACCCCUUACCAGCCUCCCCUACCCCUGCCCCUCUCCCAGCCCCGAACCCCCACCUCAAUGCCUCUUUCACAGCUCUCCAUGCCUCUGUCUGGGCCCUCCUGGGCGUGGGCCCCUCACAGCACCUCCAUCCAGCCACGGGGUUCUGAGGACCUGCUCAACAGCCGCUGGGCCAAGCUCUUCCCUGGGGCUCCUAUUGAGUCCAUAGCCACCAGUUCCUUGAGGACGCAUACGCUUUAUUCAGGGUACAGUCCUGCAAGCGAGCAGGCUCGUAGUCUGUCCUCCAUGCAGCCUAAGUCGGUGGAGAUGGAUGGCCAGAGGCUACAGGGUCUGAUCGACGGCAACAAGAGAUGGCUGGAGACACGCAGGAAAGACCCCAGUGUACCUCUGUUCACACGUUAUCGGACCCCCCCAACUAUGAGUGGACUGGUCCAGCUGAGCCUGGAUGACAACAACCAGAUUAAAGUGUACCAUUACUAAAGGGGGUGGGUGGAGUUACAUACGGAGCAAGGAUCAACACAAGCAGAUAAAGAUGUACUGUUACUGAAAAAGGGCUAAGGACAGGGGUGGGUUUUUUAAAUUAACUUGGAGUAAUGCAGGGAUCCCUCUAGCUCUGGUCCAGGGCGUUACUAGAGGAACCCCGUCGACUAUGUGUGGACCAAAGGAACGCCCUGGACCAGAGCUAGGAUUCCUCUACAACCAGGUUUAUAUAUCAGAUUACUGUAAGAAACAUUUUUAAGACGUCUGUCCUCUGGUGAACUCCGCUUUAGGUGUGAUUGUGUUUCAGUGGACUCAUUUUAUUCCAUUGGCAUGCAAGGGUGAAUAGCUUGGGAUUAUGGAGAUAAUAGCCCCGUAGUCAACAAACCAGUUUGUUUCCCAAUUUUUUGGCCUCUAGCUAUUUAAAUGUUUCAAAAGCAGAUUGCAUAGUUGUUACACAUACAAUAGGUGCUUCACUUUAUUAGGAGAGACAUCUCGAGGUUGGAGUGAGAUACUGUUGAUAGCUGACAUAAGAUCAUUGUCAUGGUAUCAGGUUGUACAAGAGACGCAUCACUCAUUCCACUGUGUGAGAAGUUCAAGCCAUACCAUAAUAACCACAAGGGCAAGACAAUGACUUGUGAGGGAUUCGCAGUCUUUAUGAAAUUCUGGUAAGAGGGACUCUUCCAGUGUUUUACUGUGCAUAGACGUGUGACAUUUUUACCAUAUUUUUUUACAAGAAACAUUUUAAUAAAUGUAAAGUGGUGUAUAUUCAUAAUGCCAAACUUUCAUUCUUUUUCAUGUUUCAGUAUUUAAUUUGUCUACAUUAAAAAGUGAUCACCA